AUGGCAGAGUCGUGCUGCGCGCUCGUCUCGCUUGUUUGUUAUAAAAUUGUAAUAACUAGCGCGUCGCGUCGUGUUUUCUGUUCAUUCCGUUUCAUAUCGUUACGAGGACAACUCGUGUCCUCGUUAUCGAGGUACCUAUUACAAAUUUUGCGUCAGUGAUACUACCAAAUACUCGGUGCGUGACAGUCGGAAGAGUGCAUCCCUAGUUCUCAAGUAACCUAACGUAGUGUCUACUUUUUGAAUUUUAAUACAAACAAUAACUUUCAUUUUAAAAACAAAAAUAAUUACAUAAAAUGUUCAUUGUGGAAUGUAAAUAGUUGAAAAAGUAAAAACAGAGGAAUUCAGUGAAUGUUCAUGCUUUAAACGUACAGUGCUGUGUUAUUUUUACAUGGAAUAAACAGUGUGAGCCGUGGCCUCUGGGAAUAAGGUGGGUGGAUCAGACAACUGUCCACCGGAGAAAAAGCAAAUGUGCAUAAUUAAAAGGCGAGAGACAACAAUAAGCCCAUUAAAUAUGACUCUUGCAGCGCGAAUUACCCCACAAAAUGCGUGCUUGGAAGUAGGUGUGCCUCUGGGUGGCUGGUCGUCAGGUGUGGCAUGCUGUCCGAAUUGCAGGCACCAACUGCGAGUAUCACUCGCGCCGGCGUCGGGCAAGUGUCACGCGUUGCCGUCGCCGCACACGCCGCCUUUCACCGUCCCCCCAACGUAUUGGCCACAUUCGCCUUUGUACGCGCCGCCAUCACCGAUCGUUCCGGCGCCUUACAAUGAUGAACUGAAGCGGCUUGCUGAUACCCUCAGUGCGCUUAGGCUCUCUGGGUGGUACUACGAUACUUUGAAUUGGCAGGGAGCGAGAACAUUGUUAAAAGACGCCAGUGUCGGAGCUUUUGUCGUGAGAGACUCUGGAGAUAGAAACUUUAUAUUCUCACUAUCGGUGCAAACCGAAAGGGGCCCCACAUCCGUGAGGCUUCACUACGAACAAGGAUUCUUCAGGUUAGAUUGUGACAGACCGUUGGCUAGGUACAUGCCCCGGUUCAGAUGCGUGGUGGAAAUGGUGCAGCAGUACAGACGGGCGGGACAGCGCGGUGCGGCCGGUACGGUUUGGGUGGACCGCGAGGGGUGUCCACACUCGCCGGUGCUGCUCACCCAUCCACUAAGGAAGAGCCCCCCAUCUCUCAUGCACGCGGCCCGCCUCGCUGUACACAAAGCCCUCGACUCCAACCCCCUCACUCCCAAGCUCUGGUGCGCUCCUAAACACAGGCUCCUCCCUCUCCCCUCCACUCUAAUAGACUACCUAGGCGAAUAUCCGUACUCGAUCUAACGCUUUGUCUAACAUCGACAACCCUAAAUCCUACAAGCGUAUGUAACGCGCACCGAAUAACUAUCAUAAUAUUAUUUAAUUUAAUUUCUUUGUUUUGUACAAAAUAAAUCUUAUAUCUAGUACAGGUUGCUAGAAAGGGCCGGCUCCUAUUAUAAUUAUAUCGAUUAACAUUAUAAUUUAUAUUAGUGAUUUAAUGUAAUAAAAAUAAGUAUUGAAUAUGGGACUCAACUAUGGUAUUUAGUGAAAUUUUACGCAAUUUUUAAGCCAAUUCUGUGUCUGUAUAUAGUGUUGUUUAAAGGAUGUUAGCGCAAGACUGAUGCCUUUCAAAUCUAUUGGAAGAUCUUGACUCACUUCUCGUCUAGAUUAGUUAGUCCUGUAAAUAAUUUGAGCAUCUUAUAAACCGUAUGACCGUCUUGUACUUGUGGCGAUUGAUGCUAUAGUAUUAAAAAAGUAUUUAGUUAAUUAUACAUUAAAAAAACAAUUUGUAAUAUAAUUGCAAUUUAAGAAAUGAGGUAUGUAUAUCAUUUGUUUUUCUUCAAACUGUGCAAGAUAGUCAUGCGUUAUGUUACAUAAAUAAUGUAACAAUAAAAAAAUCGAAUCAUUAGACCUUCUGCUGAUAUUAUUAUUUUAGCAAAUUGUUCACUAAUGCCUUAUCUUGUCCAUUGUCUUAAGCGAUCAUCACAUUUAUAGUAAAUUAGUAUAUCAAUUUAUAAUUAUUUAUUUCUCGUUUAAUAUUUAAGUUAGUUUCAA